CAUUUUGUUAAUAAUAAGACAUUGCUCAGUCUGUGCCGGCAGCAAACACCAUGGCAGCCCUCGUACUGAUGCCUUUACUCUUUAUUGGCAUGGACACUGCAGGAGCUGCUGUGAGACCUGAGAUUUCUUUCUCCCCAAACUGGACCCCAAUAUUCACAGGAGAACCUGUAACUCUGACCUGUAAUGUGGCUCCUACUGCCCAAGGGAACCUGGAAUAUUCCUGGUACAGGAAUGGACACUGGAUAUCUGGGGAUCAGCAGAGACUUGAAGGAGUGAUUUAUAAAGGGAAAUACCAGUGCCAGGCUGGUGCCAGUGAGAGAAGUGAAUCUGUUAGACUGGAUGUGAGUUAUGCUUGGCUCAUCCUGCAGGCGCCCCCUGAUGUUCAUGAAGGAGACUCCCUGUCUCUCAGGUGUCACAGUCAGACUCCAUAUUACACAAGGAACACAGUAUUUUACAAGAACAAUAAGAUCAUUGAGUCCCCAGUCAGUGAGUCUGAGUUACACAUAGGAAGAGUGGAUGUUACUGCGUCUGGUACUUACAAGUGUGAAAGUGAAAUAAUUUAUUAUGGAAACACAACUUAUAGAGAUUAUAAAAGAGCCAGUCGUUACAUCUCAGUCUCAGAGCUGUUCAGUACCCCCCAAAUAACUGUGGAUCCAUACCCUUGGACAGAAGGAGAUCACAUGACCAUAACAUGUGACACAAAGCUCAGCCCACACAGAGAGACUACAGAGCUACAGUUUGUUUUCUACAGAAAUGGGCACAAUGUGCAGGGAUUCAGUUUAUCCAACCAAUAUGGAGUCCCCUCAGCUCAGCUGGAGGAUUCUGGGAAAUAUACCUGUGAGGUACAAACUACAACCGGCAGUGUGAGGAAGAAGAGCGGUGUUAUAAAUGUUGAGAUACAGGAUGGAAACCAAACAGGAGCUGUGCAAAAUACAGUGAGACUGGUAUUGUCUGGAGUUAUAUUCAUCAUUAUAUUGUGUCUUCUCUUCUACCACAAAAAGACAAUGGCAGUGACAUAUUCCCAGGAGACAGAGGAGAAUGGAGGAGAGAUCAGGAAUGAGGGAGAAUGUUCUAUAUAAUGGCUGCUAUGUCUGAAUCUUACUUGUAAAGGUUCCGUCUAUGAUGAUAUCAGUGUCCGUCAGGCCAUGAAGAUGUUCCUCACCAAAUACUCACAUGGAAUAGAAACAGGAAUGUUCAUUAUUAUUAUAAUUUCAUUGUUAUUGGUGAUUGGUGAAUGUAUUCACCGGGCAUGGAUUAGCGGCAAAUUUCUUUUCUUUGCACUUUGCCACCUGCGAAUUUUUCUGUGAAACUAUUGCAGAAAUUUGCUACAAAAAAAAG